AUGUCUCAAUUUAGAAAAAUAAUUUUUACAGAUGUCCAUGUACAAGAUAAUGGUUUAGGUGGAGAUAGACUUGAACGAUUCCAAGAGAUACUAUCAUCAUACAGAUAUAAAUCAUCUACUAAACGUCCCAACGAAAAGGUCUUGGGUAAAAGUGUUCCUAUGGUAAAAAAACAAAAGAGUAAAACAUCAUACAUGAGAAGAGUAAUAAAAAUUCUCUGGAAAAAUAGAAUGAAUGAUAAGGGUGAAUUUGAGUUCAUGGGUAACACCAUUGGAAAACACAUGAUCAUCUCUCUAAACGGGAGAAAAGAUUAUCCUCUAGAAGAAUUGAAAUCCUUGGCUUUAAAAGAAUUUGUUACGGAAAAAAACAAAUUUUUUUUUCAAAAUUCUAUCGUUCAAUUAAAACUAGAAGAUAGUUCUUUCAUCAUAGAGUAUAAGAAUGAAUAUGGAGAUGAAUGCGGGUCCUGGGAAUUUACAAAACAGUAUAAAAAAGAAGGACACUCGCUACAUCUGUAUUUAUACACAACAUUCAUUGGAAAUAUUAACGAAAUAAAAGCAAAAUCAAAUGAACCAACGACAUCUAAUGUUUUCGAUUUCAGUGACAGUGUAAAUACUGACGUUGAGGUUUUUCCAAAAUACAGAAGUCAGAAAUCAGAAUACACGUCGACGUUAAUCAUGGGCAAGAAGCAGGCAUUAAAAAAAGCAUACAUUCUGAUUCCAAUGUCAUACCCGAAACUCACUCUGAAACAUCUUCAAACAGCUCAUCGAGAAGUUUAACGCCUCCACCACCAAAAAAGAAAAAAAUUUGUUCUAGAAACGAAAACACGUUACGACAAAAGCCGGCAACAUAACAAAGAUUUUGCCCCCUCAACUUCGACAUUUAAAAAAGAUUUUACACCUAACAGUUCGGUUAAAUCAUUAAAAAGAAAUCAAUUGCCUGCAAAGUAUGUAAAUUCAUUUGACGAAAAUUCACGGUCUAAAAUGUUCAACAAUUCGUUUGAAAUUAAUCCUCAGUUUGUAAGUAAGUGAUAAGUAAGUGAUUAUCAAUCUGAAAAGCUGAAUAAUAUUAAGGACUUUGAAAUUUCUGCAAAAAGCAGUACUGCAGGUUCCGAAAUGAGUAGUCGAGUUUUUUCAAACGCUAGCUUUCAAGCAACAAAAGAUCAGUUAUCUAAUAAUAAUAAUUAUAUUUUUAAGAAACCACAGGAAAAACAAGUAUUGCAUGAGAAAAUUAAUGCUUUAAAUGUCUCAAUAAAUAUCAUUCAAGAAGAAAAUUUAGAGUUUUCAAAUUCGAUUUUAGGACAAGGUGCACAAGGUGUAGUGAGAAAGGGAAAAUACUUAGGAUCUGAAGUUGCAAUAAAGUCGAUUGUUACUACCAAAAAUGAGAAUAAAAAUCUUUUAAGGGAAAUCAAAAUUCUUGACGAAAUCAAACAUCCAAAUAUCAUUACCCUUAUGGCUGUUUGCCCAACUGUAACUCAAUGUCACAUCGUAAUAGAGUUCUUCGAGUCAAAUUUGCUCCACGAGAUUCUUUUUGAUUCAAACAUUGAAUUAAAAUUAGAUAUUGCAUCGAAAAGUAGCAUUGCAUUUCAAUUGUGUGAAGCUGUAUCUUACCUACAUCAACAACCCCAACGAUUCAUCGUUAAAAUGUGUGAUUUAGGUUUAAGUAAAAGCAGCUUAUUAUCAGAAACUUUGGAGUCUACCAUUGUCGGUCGUUGUGCAGGCACUUUACUCUAUAUGGCUUCAGAGAUUUUAAUGCAUUCGAAAGUUGCCAACGAAGCUACCGACGUAUGGUCUGUCGCAUGCACAUUGGUGGAAUUGUUUACUGCAAAAAAAGUAUGGAAUGUUAAGAAUGCUUUUGACAUAACGAAAAUAUUAUUAAAACAUGAUACACCAAAUUUGGAGGGUUUACCAAUUUUCUUGCGUGAUGAUUUGAAAAAUUGUUUUAGUUAUAAAGCAGAAGAGCGACCUAUGAUAAGCGAUCUCUUAGACUUACUCCGACUGCAUAAUGAGUUUUCAUUGCGUUCCUAAGCAAAAGUUUAAAGUGUUCAAACUUUUGUGUUUUAUUGUCAAAGACUAGUUUGGUACGUGAAUAUGUUUGUGAUACUUAAUAGUAUUAUUUAUAACUUAUAUUUAUUUUAUUUUAAAUCUUAAAGUGCCAAGAUUGUAAUUAAGGUAUAAAAAAUAUGUAAUAUUUUAAACAGUAUUCAACGUAAAUACAUAAGUGUUUGUAAAGAGUCUAAAAG